GGUGUGUCAGUGACACGUUCGGAUCAAUGACUUCAGUGAUAUAUUAUGUUGUAUGUUCGCUGUUCGACCUAUAAAAGUAGUCAACCCAGGAUCGUGGACCACAGUAUAUGUGUUGCUUGUGACCAUACGUGUAUAACGUUUAUUAAUUGGACAGGUGACAAUGAAGUUCUCCUUAAUAAUCUUUGGUGCGCUGGUGGCCUAUGCGGCGGCGCAAACAUUAGAAAAUGGUCCUGUGAUCGAUGUGUUAAAGUCUGAAGUAGCCCAACAAUACGCAAGUGAAAACAGAGAAAAGCGAUUUGUAGGAGUAGGAGCUCUCGGAGCUGGCCUGGCUGGAGUAGCGGGACUCGGCGCGGUGGGACUCGGCGCAGGCCUCAUCGGCGCUAAAGCUGGACUGGUCGGCGGGGCCUUAGUGGGUAGCGCCCUCCACGGACACGGACGAAGCUACGGUGGUUACGGAUACGGUGGCUACGGUGGCUACGGCGGAUACCACGGUUAUGGAGGAUACGGAUAUGGCGGAUACGGCCAUGGCGGAUACGGCCACGGCGGAUACGGCCACGGCUACGGUAAUAACUACGGCCACGGUUAUGGUCAUGGUUACGGACAUGGAUAUGGGGGAUACAGAACUUACUACCCCACGACCUACUAUACGUCGGACCCUUGGUGCUAAUUCAAAGGCUUUACUUCUACCUGUUAAUUAUUAAUGUAGUAUUUGUGUACAUAGAGAUGGGAGUAUAUCUCGCGACUGAUACCUGCACAUCCUAGCAUAUAAGAACAAUAAAGAAAAUAUAAAAAUACUG